AUUGUAAACAGUGAAAAGGAGGCGCGGCUAUCGCUGAGAGGCUAGUGACGGUGCUUCACUUGCUACAACCAAAUCGGCCCUUUUUCUUUUCUUUCUUUCUUUCGCGUCCAGUCCUUGCACUACUGCUUCCUCUACUUGUUUCCUUUCUUCUACUACUACUGGCCUCAGAAAAAUGGUUGUUGAAGAACUGAAUCCAAAAAAACGUAGACGCGUCGAGCCGAUUCCGACACCAACUCCCAUAGCACGAUACCCUACCAAAUGCAUAUUAUCCAAUAUGCUACAUCGCCAGGCACCACAGCAUAUAUGUACAUCCACGCACAGUGUCGUUGUCACAACCCCCCCACAACCCAAUGGCCCAGGCAUCCAUGCAUUCACUGGCGAUCAUUAUACACUCGAUUUGCCCUCAACGUCAACUACUACAACGGUUAAUGCGGCUACAACUGCAGCAACCAGCAAUUUUUUGAAACCUACUCUUUCGUCAAAUAUUGCCACUAACUCCAACAAAGUCAUUUUGAACAAAACGCCGUUACGAUUGGCCGAACAAUACCACGAUCAGCAUACGAUUACGCAUCUCGUAUGGAAUCAAAAAGGCACAACGCUCGCUUCAGCAGAUGAGACGGGCAGAAUUGCACUCUGGAUUUUGGGUAAUUCAUCGGAUAACUGGACGAUGGCAUAUAGUGUCAAUUUGCAUCAACCACCAGCGGCCUUACUAUGGCUUAAUACCGAUCGAUUGUAUGAUAUACCACUUGCAGAUCAAACACAGCAGGAAAAGUUUGUACGAGAACCGCUGGUUGGACCACGGAACAUAUAUGGCUAUUUUGCAUUUGUUGCAGUAACAGUCCACGGCGAGGUCAGUGUUCAUUAUCAACAAGGUCGAAAGAUCUUCUCGCAGUUUUCAACGAUGCUACCACAGACUGGACACAAUGGACAGAACCGUGCAGAUAUUGGUUGUUUCGGCAUGGACUUGAGCAAUUCGGGCAAAUGGUUCCGGAUAUCGCAUGCGUCAAUGACUUUUGAUCAUGAUGGGAGUUUGCUUUUAGCUGCACAACAAGCCAAUAUCAAACCAAACGCAAUUCACCUAUACAGGAUCCGGUUACGAUUCCCCGGCCGAGCCAAUGAAGGCGCUAUAUUCUGUCAAUCAAUUGCUAAGCUUAUUCUGAGUGCUCAAAGUCUGGCAUCAACUUUGGGCGAUUUUACAAAAGGAGUGUUUGGUGUAUCACAAAUCCUGUUGCUUCGGAAACAGUCUGGCAUUGAACUCGCUGUUGCAUUUGCCAAUGCAGAUAGUGGUAGUGGUUUCUUUAGCAAAUGGGCUUUACAACUCAAGACAGAAAAAGUAGCAGGCGACGUGAUAGCGAGCGACAACUUUAGUGGAACUGUUAUGGUUUCAGAACGAUUGAGCCUGGAGUAUGUCUCAGGAUUUUCUAUACCGAAUCGAUUCGUCACUUCUAUAUCAGGCACGCGGUACGCCGGCAUUGUUCUUGGUCUAUCUGAUGGCAGUGUACACAUCGAAUUUCGUGACGACAGAUACCCCGGUGUGGCACGUAGCCGAUCCAAUUCGGGUCAACUUGAGGAAUCCAUCGGCACGGAUUUUUGGCAAGCAGGCCCUCCACGCACAUACAGAGACAAUGAUGAUCCCGAUGCCGUCGCUGGAUUAACCAUGUCGCCGAACGAAACGCAUGUCAUCAGUAUACUGUAUUCCGGAAGAUUGGCCGUUAUUCGCAUAACGAAUACUGAUUCCAGCAACAGUAACCAUUCAGACCAACUAUCAAUGAUCAGCAAACUGUUAAAGCUCACUUUACUGAACCAAUCCGACGAUCUGGACCUGAUCUCCGAGUUGGUGCGGCUAAGCCAGUUACCCGGCAUGAAAGAAAACACGGCUGAAGAUAUUAUCAGUAAUGCUAUGUUGUCAUAUCAAGUUUAUUGUAUCCAGAACCGAAUCGAUGAUGUUCUGAUUUCUCCAAAGCCCGAUACGCUUUCUGGAAUACGGGAUUGGAAUUUACCGCAGCAAGGCCGAGCGUAUGGUUUAGCUUUAGGAACUUGUCGCCGACUAUCUUCAACGAACAUACAAUAUGUCAAUCUGAGCAAAGCCAUUCAACUGCCUAUCAUACUUGAAUGUUUCGUAGGCAGUUGUCGGUCAGAUUACGCGACAGUAUCUAAAAUGUUAAACGACUUAAAGAUUUCGGAAGAAGGAAAGAGUCUGGAAUUCGAAGCAGAUAGUUUAUGGUCUUUGAUAUCCUUGACAACAUGGACUCUGGACUUUGUGCGAUGGAUACUGCGCAAAUGGAAUACAUUGUUUAACUGCAAACGGCCAAAAAGUUCAAAAUUUGCCGAUAUCUCUGCACGACCUUCACAUGCUGUGUUGCUUUACCACAAAGAGUCACGGUUAGCUUUAUGCAAGAUUCUAGUGAUGGUGUUCGAGUUUGUACGUUUCACUCGUUCAUCAUCCUAUGAGCUCCAGCAUCUUCCAGAAUCGAUGCCGUUACUGCAAAAGUACGCCAGCAACGUCCUCAAAAGCGAGCCGGUCUCUUUGCAGGACAUGUUGGCAUUCUUAAAAGCAUUGGAUGGUGCCGAUGAUGAUGAUGACAAGCAACCACGAAACAGUUGGGACCUGUUACUUCACUCAAGGCUCCCAUCCGACAAGAUAGACAAGCUGCGGAAAAUCACUACUGAGUUUGCUGAGAAAUGUGCACAGCCAGCUAUAUACCUAGAACGCGACACGGAUGAUACGAUUGAUGUCAUACAGAAGCGACGGAUACCUUCGACAGCCAAGCAUGUAUGGCGAUGUGUGCGCUGUCAGCAGCACGCCAUGGCCGGCAUCAGUAGCACGGAUCCCUGCUCUUAUGCGCUGUGGUAUCGUAGUUUGCAACGCCGGUGUAUCUGUGGUGGCCUGUUCACCAACGUUCCGUUCCGGCAAGCCAGCCGUUCGUCUUAUUCUUAGUGCGCGCUAAACAAAUGUAACAAUAAUAAAAAUGACUAGAAAAAGACCAAAGAAGCAUUGUUUCAGAAGAAGAUGGCUACUUGGUGGCUUUACUUUACUGAGCAUCCAGCCAACAUGCUUUUUGUCUUUAAGGAAGUGACGUGAGGUAGUGUAAAUAAUAAAAAAUUAGAUAGUGCAACGUAUAUGCGUAUACAAAAG